AAGAUUAUUAAAAAAAUAACUUAUUGAACAAGAAGAUGAUUAGAUUAACUACUGUAUUUUAGUUUUACUUUAUCAGAAUUAAACUAACUUUACCCAGAUUAGUUCAUUCAUUCACUCACUCACUACACCUUUUGAGAAUUGAGAAUUUUGUAUGCCAUUCUUCCUCCCUCACCUUCAUACUUCAUUCAUUCAUUCAUUCAAUCAUUCUUUUCAAAGUGGUUAGUUGAACUCUCUCUCUCUCUCUCUCUCUCUCUCUCUCAACGCAUUCUCACAACCAACAACGACGGUUCCGUUAAACAAUUUUCAUCUUCAUCAUCACUUUGUUGCAGAGAGAGCUUAGAUGCGUGCCCCUACCGUCAGAAAACUAUGCACUCUCAGCACCUUAUUCCGUUCACAUUUACAAAACAAUCCCAAAAAAAACCCUUCUUCCGUCAUUACAUCAAUUCCAUGUGAAACCCAACAACAUUUUCAGUCUGACUUGUAUCUCUCAACCCUCAAACUCCAUGGUCCUUCUCCCCCAGAGGAUGAUUUGCCUGAUCUCGACUUCGCCCCGGCCACUGCUCAGCUUUCUAAUAUAUUGUACACUCCUCCGGUGAAGAAGCUUGGUUGUGAGGAAGUUGAUGAUCAAGAAAAAGAGAAAAGUGUAUUGGAAAUACCAGUGAUACGAGACUCUUUAAAUGUUGAUGCUUCAAUGAGACGGAAGGAUGUAGGACGUGAGAGGAAACAAAAAUGGAUUUUCAAAUAUACUGGUGAUGAACGAUCUGACAGGUUAAUGAACAUCUGUGCAAGAAAACUAGGAACAACUGCUACUGUUGAUGUGUUUGGCCGCUUGGGUCGAGAAACAGGCCUGAAAGAGUACAAUGGAUUGAUCAAAGUGUGCAUAAAGAAGGCUAGGGCAACUAAUGAUGAAAACAUUUCUGUGGAAGAAAUAAGUAAGACUUAUUACCUUUUAAAAUUAAUGAGGGAAUGCGGGUUCCAGCUAGAAGAGCAAACAUAUCGCCCAGUUCUUGAGUAUAUAAUUGACAUGGGCCUUGUUCAAGAAUUUCAACUUUUCUAUGAUGUUAUCCAAGCCGGUAAUCCCAGUUCAACUUCGCAAUUGGGUUACUAUGAAAUGUUGCUCUGGAUAAGGGUUAACAAUGAAGAAAUGAUCCGGGAUAUUUGUGAAUACAUUACAGUUGAAGAGAGUAAAGACACUUCUGCUUUACGAGAAAGUUACUUAUUGGCUCUUUGUGAAAGUGACCGCAAGACACAGAUUUUGGACGUGUUGAAAAAUAUUGACAUAACAAAGAUUACAUCUGCAAAAUCUAUAUCAAAUAUAUUUCAAUCGUUGGGAAGGCUACUGCUGGAAUCAGAUGCAGAGAAUUUACUUUUGGAUUUGACAGCUUGUGAUUAUGAUGCAGAUCAUGUUUCAAACUUCAUUGCUUGUUAUGCAGUUAGCAUUCCAAAUUUAGCGGUCGAGGAUAUCAUCUCAAAAAUAGAGAAUUUGCAUGAUGUAUUGGAAGUUUUGCCUUCAUCCUCUGCAUAUGAAAAGCUCAUUUUGUAUUGUUGUAGUACGCACAAGGUGGAUGUAGCUCUUGAUAUUGUUGAAAAAAUGUGUGAAGCAGGCUUUAAGCUGUCUACUCAUGUGUUACAAACCAUAGUACAGAUUUGUGAGGAAACUUAUGAUUAUAUUUUGGUUCAUCGAAUCUAUUCCAUCAUAAGAUGCCAUCACCACCAUUUGGAGUUAAAUGGUGAAAUAUGCAGGUGUUUGGUACAGUUUUGUGUAAGAAUAAAAGAUUUUCAACGUGCAUACGAGAUGGUUAAUGAAUUGCAGGAAAUGAAUUUCAAACCUACGACAGCCAUGUACAAUGCCAUAAUGGCAGGAUAUUUUCGCGAGAAAAACAUUGGUGGUGCGUUGAAGGUCCUAAAACACAUGCAAGAUGCCAAUUUAAAGCCUGAUUCACAGACUUUCAGCUAUUUGUUCAGCAAUUGUGAAAAAGAAGAGGAUAUAGAUAAGUAUUAUCAAGAGAUGAAACAAUCUGGAGUCAACCCUACAAAACAAAUUUUUAUGGCCCUUAUUAAUGGAUAUGCAGCCUGCGGCGAAUUGGAGAAGGCAAAACAGGUAGUUCUUGAUAAAAGCAUACAGUUGAAGUACUUAAAUGAAAUUAAGAGUGUCCUUGUCUCAGUUCUUGCAUCUCAUGGGCAAUUGUCUGAGGCAGUUGUUAUCUAUCAGGAGAUCAAGAAUGCUGGACACCUUUUGGAGCCAAAAGCUGUUAUAUAUCUCAUUGAUGAGUUCCGUCAUAUAAGUGGAGAGUUGGAGGUGUUGCUUCUUCUACUUAAGGAGUUGAGUGAUCUAGACUAUUGGGUUGACGGUUGCUAUAGGGUUAUCCAGUACUGUGUUGAGAACAAUCAUUUAAGUACUGCUGUUGACCUGUUCAAACAACUCAAGGACAAUUUCAAAAAUGAUGAAUUAAUGACAGAAGUUCUUUUCGAUGGAGCGUAUUCUGUAGUCGCGGGAUCCGAGUCCACACAUUUGCAGUUUGGUAUGGACUUGCUUUGGGCAAUCAAGGAUGAGCUUGGCCUUGUUCCUUCACGGCAGUGUCUCGAUUUUCUUCUAAGCGCUUGUGCCCAGUCAAAAGAUUUGAAUAACACUCGUUUGGUUUGGAGAGAAUAUGAAGUUUGCGGAUAUCCUUACAAUGUAUUGAGUUACUUGAGGAUGUAUCAAGCACUUUUGGCAUCAGGAGAUCACAGAUCUGCUGAAGUUAUACUCAAGAAAAUUCCAAGAGAUGACGCCGAGAUUUGUUCUUUAAUCUUAGCAUGUCAAAAAACUUAUGUUAAAAUUAAAUCACUAGAGUUGGAGAAGGAGAAACAGAAAUUUAAAUCAGUAGAAGGGGUGAAGAAGAAAAAGGAUGUAAAAUCAGUAGAAGGGGAGACGAAGGAAAAGAAGAUUAUAUCAAUAGAAGGGGAGAAGAAGAAAAAGAAUGUUACAUCAGUAGAAGGGUCGAAGAAGAAAAAGAAUGUUACAUCAGUAGAAGAGGAGAAGAAGAAGAAGAAAAAGAAAAAGAAAAAGAAAGCAACAGAAGAGAAAAAAAUAGAGUAAGUAAGGCUUGAGUAGAAGUUAAAUUGGUUUGGUUGUAGGGUAGAGACACUAAUUUGUGCCACUAAUUUUUAGUUAGCUCAAGAAAUGUGCUUCACAAAGGGUGAUGCAUUUCACAUGUUAUACUCAUUUUUAUGUUUGAUUUAAUUACUAGUGUGGUGGCACUCGAUGCUACACCUAUUUUAUGUUUA